AUUUGGUGCUACUUCCCUAAAUUUCCAUGUCACUUACGUCAUAAUAGUCAGUCUUCUAAAACAGCACCGCCAUAAUCCCAGCCCCUUUAACUUGAAUGGGUCAAACGACCCAACUUCCAUAGCCAUGUCUGCUUUCUUCGCAAGAAGGAAAGCGAUCAUUUCUUCAUCUGCACCGUUCAUUCAAAAAUCAAAGGCAACGGAAACCUUCUCCAUCUUUCGCCCUAGUUUGUCCAGAUGGGCCUCUUCGUCAUCAUCAUCUUCUUCUUCGGCGAAGCCCAAAAAAGUGACGACCGACCGUCUCUCCGGCGUAAUUGACACCGUCAACGACAGUAAGCUCCCUCCCGAACUCCGUGGCCAACGCAAUAACGUCAGGACUGAAACUGACAUUGUAAAUGUUGUCGAGAGACGUGUGUGGAAUGCCAUGGAAGAAGGUCAAUUCGAGAAUUUGCCAGGCAAGGGAAAGCCCUUGGACCUGAGUAUUAAUCCUCAUGUUGACCCAGCUGACGACACUUUGUAUAGAAUACUCAACAAAAAUGGAUUUGCUCCAGAGUGGGUUGAACUCAAUAAGGAGAUAAGGAAUAAUAUUGCAGAGUGGCGUGUAGGCUUAAAGAAAGCCUGGAAACAUAAAGGCAAUCAAGAUGAUUCUAAAUGGGAUGAGUGUUCAGAGGCUCUAAAAUUCCAGCUGCAGGGCAUCAAUGAUAAGGUGUUCCGUUACAACCUCAUUGUUCCCUUUGGCCGUCAGAUGUUUGGACUAAAGUGGGAGAAAGAACUUGACCGCUUGAAUGAGGAAAGUCAGAUGGCAAAAUGAUCCAGGUUGCCUCCUUCACUUUUACCUCUUCAGAGAGGUGGAGGGGGGCAUAUUCUAUAAUUCCUCUGUUUUGUUAAAUUGUUAAGCGUAAAACUUCAGACACCAACCUUUCAUGUACUAUAUAUAUGGGAUCUGCUAGGAAUAUUUUCUUGGAGUAAUAAAAUUAUUGUGUACAAUUAGCAUUUUACCAUGCGGGUGGAGAACCUUUACUGCUUAA